AUGAUGCAAGAUGUUUUCCUUCCACUUGAUUUUUCUAUUACUUUUAUUGGUGGUGUGGGAUUGGGGUCGGAGGGGCUAGGGUUUGAAUGCGGUCAUGUCCCAAGGAGAUUCGUGUACAGUGCGGACGAUACCUCUGCCGCAUAUGGCUCUAGAAUAUUUCGCUCUGAAAUGAAGCAGUAUUUUAUUGGAGUUGUAGGAGAGUUUAUACUGAACAUUAAAACGCGGUAUGAAUCACUACAUAUAGCCCUUUCUUACACUGAUUGGGCUCUACAAAAUCCACCCGUCUACCAAAACAAGAGUCAUUCGACAUAUCUCCCACACCACCUCCAACAGCUUGACUUUGACCUCAACAUCAACCAUCAUCCAAUCAAUCCAUCACCCACCUCAUUUCCUAUCCUACACUCCAAAGCAUCAAAUCUGCCGUCGGUACAUAAUUCAUUUAGCGAGUACUGCACCCGCAUCAUCUUCCCCCACCUCCCCCACCAACCUCAUUCCUCGUUCCCACCCACCCCCGUUCAUUCGUGUCUGAGCGCUACAUACAGCCAGCUAUCCUCUCACGUUUUAAUUAUAUUUUUCCCGCUGCCAGCGUACGGUCCUACUAUUAUCUUGUCCACCCCCAUCAUGGCAACGGCAUUUCCUCCAACGCCAGUCGCGUCUCCCAAGAUGUCCAACACUGGUAGCCUUGUUGGUAGUCCGGAAUCUUUUGUUUCCACCACAGUGACAGGGAACUUAGCUAGUAUCCCUAGUACACCCGAGUCCAUGACGGUAUCGCCUGUCUUAACACAUGAUGAAUUGUGCUCUCUUACCACUCACUCGGAUACUACCCUCUCCUCCUCCUCCUCCUCCUCCUCCUCCUCCUCCUCCUCUUCCACUACUGCCAUCGCCACGCCUUCUUCCUGCACAUCCUCCUCCCACCAUAUUUUCCAAUCUUCGUCCAGGCAUCCAUCAGUUCCCCACGAACCCCAGACGAACUUUAAUUCCUUACCUCCUUCCGUUCAGUUGCAGAUUUUCGAACUUGCUCUCCAUGAUGGAGGCUACGCGAAUCUGACACCUGAUCUGAUCGAUGAUAGCGAUCCACGAUUUAUCAACCACAAUUUCUACACCCUGCUUUAUAGGCAUAGGACUUUACAAACGUUUCUACGCGUUAACAGGUUUAUCCGCGCGUUAUUCGAGCCAAAGCUCGCUGAUCCGACGGUGGUCACUAAAAAGAAAAGGCCGACAAAACCCGUCUUUCCAUACUGGGGAUUUCAACCUUUACGACAGUCAGACCAAUAUCCCGUGUCACGUAAAGCGAAAAAGGGCCGGGAAUGGUUCAGGGAAGAGGGCCCGGAAUCUGGUGCUGAUAAUUGCAAAUCUACCUGGGGUAGAAAGAUUAACCGUUCUUGCACCCUCGAAAGCAACCGCCGCCAAUGUUCUACACUCAACUCUCCCGAAUCAUGA